AUAAUAACCCAACCGUUGAACAAUUUAACUUCUAUGAUAUUUUGAAAACGUUGACAAUGGAAGCUGACCAAUGGAUCAAGAAACAGCAGUAUAUGGCGGACGGACAUUAUAAUGUCAUAUCGACGAUUACGUCGAUAUGACAUUAUUCUCUAAAGAUGAUACCGAAAAUUAAUAUAAUGUUCUUCAGAGAUUUUGUACUAUUUCUACUGGAAGACAUGCCAGUAAGGUUGAAGAAAGUUUUUGCCAUCGAUGCUCCCUCUUUCUACGACAAGAUGUACCCCCUCAUCAAACCUGCUUUACCAGCUGAGAUUUGUGACGUGAUAUAUUUCUUCUCUGACUUUCAAAGCCUAUACAAAUUCAUAAAUAAAAAAUACUUGUCCUCUGAAUAUGGCGGCGAGGCACAAAGUAUGUACGAACAAAAUAAAAUGUGGCUGAGAUACAUAGAAGAUGUCAGACUUUUUUACCUCAACGAAAACAUAUGGAAAGCUGAUAUGACCAAGAAGUUGAAAAAUAGUAAACUAUCCAUAGACUAA